AUGAAGUUCCUCAUUGCUUCUCUGACUCUUCUUGCUGUGGCUACUGCCAGUACUACCGGCACCGAGGCGACUGCUUGCGCAAGCGGACAGGUAGUUGUCUGCAAAGGAAAUGGCAAUGGGGGCCUUAUUACCCUCGGCAAUGUUGCACCGGGCCUUCUGGGCGUGGCCUGCUCGGGUGGAGACUUCUAUUGCUGUUCCCAGAAGGACGUCCAACAGAUUGGCCUGGUCAACUUGAACCUGAAUGCCCAGUGCUCUCUCAACCACGUCCUUUAA